AUGGCCAACAACUCCACCCACAACACUGCCAGCAACACCGCCAGCAACUCCACCCACAACACCGCUAACAACUCCGCCCACAACACUGCCAACAACUCCACCCACAACACUGCCAGCAACACCGCCAACAACUCCACCCACAACACCGCUAACAACUCCGCCCACAACACUGCCAACAACUCCACCCACAACACUGCCAACAACACCGCCAACAACUCCACCCACAACACCGCUAACAACUCCGCCCACAACACUGCCAACAACUCCACCCACAACACUGCCAACAACACCGCCAACAACUCCACCCACAACAAGGCCAACAACUCCACCCACAACACUGCCAACAACACUGCCAACAACUCCACCCACAACACCAACAUGGCCAACAACACCAAGGCUAUCACAAUACUUCAUCAUUUUUUCUGA